UGAAGGCUGGGAUAUGAGCUGCGGGUAGGCUAUGUGCACAUGCCCCUCGCCCUUCGUUGACUAUGAUAGUGUUUGUCAGGUUCAACUCCAGCCAUGGUUUCCCAGUGGAGGCUGAUUCAGACACCAGCAUCUUCCAGCUCAAGGAGGAGGUUGCUAAGCGACAAGGAGUUCCAGCUGACCAGUUGCGUGUGAUUUUUGCAGGGAAGGAGCUCAGGAAUGACUUGACACUGCAGAGCUGUGAUUUGGCCUCGCAGAGCAUUGUUCAUAUUGUUCAUAAUCCAAGGAGAAAGGAUGAGAAAAGAGGAGAGAGUGAAAAUGAAAAUGUUCCUGGAACUCCAAGGAGCCAUGGAAGGGACGAUGGAAGUCUCACUAGUGUGAAUCUGAAUACCAAUCUUCUGCCUUCUAAUUCAGCUGGACUUGCUGUAGUUUUGGACACUGUAAAAAACAGCAUUCCCCCUCUGUCUGACAAUUCAGGUAUGGCUGGUUACAACAAUUUCUAUGUUUACUGUAAAAGUGCCUGCCAAGCUGUGAAACAUGGAAAACUCCGAGUCCGGUGCAAAAUGUGCAAGCAAGGCACACUGACUCUGGCAAGGGGCCCAUCUUGCUGGGAAGAUGUCCUGAUUCCAGACAGAAUAACUGGUAUUUGUCAAUCCCGAAACUGUGAUGGGGAAAUAGCUGAAUUCUACUUUAAAUGUGCAGCACACCCAACCUCUGACAGCGAGACAUCUGUGGCACUGAACCUCAUUACAACAAAUAGUCGGUGCAUCUCAUGUAUAACCUGUACAGAUGUUCGGAGUCCUGUUCUGGUAUUUCAGUGCCUCCAUCGCCAUGUCAUUUGCCUGGACUGCUUUCAUUUAUACUGUGUGACUAUGUUGAAUGAUCGCCAGUUUGUCCAUGAUCCUGUCCUUGGCUACUCCCUGCCUUGUGUGGCUGGCUGCUCAGACUCCUUGAUUAAAGAGCUGCAUCACUUCAGAAUUCUGGGUGAGGAGCAGUACAACCGCUACCAGCGCUAUGGUGCAGAAGAGUAUGUUCUGCAGAUGGGUGGUGUGCUGUGUCCCACCCCUGGGUGUGGAGCUGGCCUGCUGUCAGAACCAGAAGUGAGAAAAAUAGUGUGUGAACCAUCCAAUGAAAUGGGCUGUGGGUUUGUAUUCUGCCGUGAAUGUAAAGAAGAAUAUCACAAUGGAGAAUGUAGCACCUUCCUUGAAACACAAAGCGCAACAGCCCUGAAGGGCUACGAGGUUGACGAACAUGCAGCCAGACAGGCUCGAUGGGAAGAGGCAUCCAAAGAGACGAUCAGGAGAACAACCAAACCAUGCCCUAGCUGCCAUGUGCCCACAGAAAAAGAUGGUGGAUGCAUGCAUAUGAAGUGUCCACGAUCUCAGUGCAGAUUUGAAUGGUGUUGGAACUGUGGCCUGGAGUGGAAUCGGACUUGCAUGGGAGACCACUGGUUUGACUGAUCCCCAAGGAGCACUGUAAACGAUCAAAAGCUCACUUAAACAAAUGCCAGUCAGCCAGUCAGUCCAUCUUUAUUUGAUAGCCAUAGGCCAGUCAAAUUAAGGCAAUAAUAAACCAACAAAUUAAAAUGCAAACAUUUCAAAGCUAAAUCUUAUAAACAAAUGAGAGAACAGAACCUUAAAAGCUAAGAAAUUUGUACAAUUAUUUCAAAUUAUAACUUAUAAACAAAUGCUGAUCCUAUAGAAAGCAGAAACACUGGCAUAGCUGCUUCUAUCAGGGCAGAUCCUAAAUUCUUUGCUGUGGGUGCAAAUUCCUGAUUACUCCAGGAGUUCAAGAUAUGAAUCACUUGUUGUCUUCUUACUUACUAAAUCUUCACCAUGCAUUUAGGCUUCUUAAUAUAACAAAGACAUGAAAAAGUAGAGAAUGAAUAGCUGUUUCAUCCCUCCCUGCUUCAUCACAACCUGUUGACAUUCUUUCUUUGGGGCCGCAAGUAACCUGUGUCACCCCUUCUCUUUCAUGGCUUGCUCUUUGCUAAGCUUGGCCUCUUGAUAAAGAAAUAUGCAAUAUCAGCCAAUUUAAAACUAGCUACAUGGACCUUUUUCCAUGUAUCAUCAGCAUAUAAGUCUGUGGCUUGGCACAGCUCUUAACAAAUUUCCUUCUCUAUGGUACUACACAGUAUGGCUUUUCCUCCCUUUACUAAUGCUCAUGAUACAAUCUGAUGUGCAGUUACUAAAUACGUUAAAAUCAAUUAGACAGAAGUACUUCUACGUGGAAUUAAUUUUCAGUUAUAAUCUCCAGUGAUGACAGUAGUGGUAGAUAUUGCAUCUUAGGAGCCCCUGUAGAAGGAUCUUCCAUACCAGCUAUAACAAGAAUUCACUGGAACUACAUGUUGGCAGACAGCAAAGAAUGCAUUAACUUACUUCCAUGUGGUGGCAUUUUUAUUGGCAACAUUUAGCGCAGCAACCAAGAACAACUUGGCUGUUUACCUGUAUCAAGGAUCAAUACUUUGAGUUUCUAAAGUCAAUCUGUGUAUAAGCCUAGACAGGUUUAUACACAGGGCAAAUUUUAAUGCCUAGUCGUCAUUACACCCAUCAGCACAGGGGACUGAUGAUAUAAGAAUUUUAGGGAGGAGAUAGACAUAUUGCCAGAUCUAGAUCAUUGAAUGCAGAUGUCCACCAAACAGCUGUAAAAUAGGAUGGAAAUAAUUUUAAGGGACCAAGCAGCAGACAGGGGAAAGUUCCUUGUGUUCAUCAGUUUUGUAGAAUAUCACAUGCAAUGUUUUGUUUUAACUAUUAGUGAUUAAGUGAACUAGACUUCAUAGAUAUCUAAAAUUAUGAAUGCUUGUGCCAAGAGAUAAAGGAAUCGAGGAUCACUCUUUUGAAAUCAUGGCAGAAAUGGCAAGCGCACAAUCAAGUCCUAAAAAGUUUACCCUUAUGCUGAAUUAAAGAAAAUCACCAUGUCAUGUUGAACCAAAAACAUCUGGCAUCAAUACAAAUAACAAACUACCGGCGGCUGUGUUUAAUUUUACAGGUGUUUUCUGAAUGUAUGUUAAAAUUCGUUUUUAAACUAAAGGACAGAUUCUAUUUCUUCAUCUUACUACUCAGGCAGUUCAGCAUGAAUACAGGGAAUGUGAUCUUGGAUUAAGGUUCACAAGCUUUGACUCAGCACAGAAAAUGAUCUGUGCUAAUAGUGUACAUUUACAUUUUAAUCAUCCCAAAAUUUGUUCCAAAGUUGUCUCCAUUUCCUAAUUGUUUGAACUAUCUUAGUGUAGCUUCUUAGAACUCAUUUUCAUUGUUUGUCUAAUCAACAGCAGUAGAAUUCAAAUGAACAAGUACACAGUUGGCUGCAGAGCCUUUGCUUUCUAGAUCUAUAGGUAGAGUAG